AUGUCAACAGAACCUGCCGACGAGAGCGAUCUCUUGCCUUCCUCGACGCCAGGAUACAAGCCAGGCGCAGCCAAAUCAGCUGAUGAGUAUGCUAAGCUCGAUGCCGAGGACGAAAGUUUGGCUCGCUGGAAGGCGUCUCUGGGCAUAGUUCCCGGCGCUGCCACUGGAGCUGCUGAUGGGCCAAGGGUCACGGUUCUGUCACUCGAACUCUACUCUGACACUCUUCCCGCCGGCAAGACAUUGAUUUUUGACUUGACGAACAAAGAGACCUUGGACAGCUUGAAGAAGAAUACAGUCACCAUCAAAGAAGGCAUUGAAUAUAACGUCCGAAUGAAGUUCAAGGUUAAUCAUUCCAUCAUCUCGGGUGUCCGAUAUCUCCAAGUAGUAAAGCGCUCUGGCAUCAAAGUGGACAAAAUGGAGCAAAUGUUGGGAUCGUAUGGUCCUCACCCACAGGGAGAACCGUACACCAAGAACUUUGACCCUGAAGAGUCCCCGUCUGGCAUGUUGGCUCGAUCUGGUACAUACCAUGUACGCAGCCGGGUCGUAGACGACGAUGGCGAGGUCUUUGCUGACUGGGAAUGGUCUUUCAAGCUCGCAAAGGAAUGGUAG